AGCGGGGUCAGUAGGAUUUCGAUGCGAUACCCGGAAAACACUAUCGGAGUGGGAGCUCUUCCUCCACACAACAGAUGGUGACGUUUCCCGAUCCGACCUGUCAGUGUGCUGUGUUGGUAGCUGGUGGGUAGCUAGCUGCUAGCUGACCUGCUGAGCUACCUCCUCCGCCUCUGAAGGCAGCUGAACUGAGCCGUGAAUGAACCCCGCACCUCAAUGCAUCCCCUGUGGCCGCGAUGGCAGCGACAGAAACGGAGGAUGCUGAAGCUGUUCGGUGCACUGGUUAUCCUCGGACUGGCCCUGGCGUGCAUCACAUCCUGGGUGCUGGACAGCUAUGACACGGCUUGGCACCCUAAACGGAGCGUUCAGCACCCGACUGUCGGUGAUGGAGAUGGGAGUACCCCACCAUUUCCCGGCGGCGAGUUGAGCAAUAUAUUCUGGUUUAUACAGGUGUCUGACAUUCACAUAAGCCGAUUUCAUGAUCCAAGGCGCAUUCCAGAUUUUGAAAAGUUCUGCACUGACACCACUGAAGUGAUCAAGCCAGCUCUAGUGCUUGCAACAGGGGAUCUGACAGAUGCUAAAACAGAGAGUAAGGUGGGUUCCCUCCAGCAUGAGGUGGAGUGGCAGGCCUACCACAACAUCCUGAAGAGGUCCCGUGUGAUGGAGCGCACUAAGUGGAUAGACAUCCGUGGAAAUCAUGAUGCCUUCAAUAUUAUUUCACUGGAUAGCAUCAACAAUUAUUACGGGAAAUACUCAGCUAAUCAGAAAGUUGGCUCUUUCCACUACGUUCACAAAACUCCCUUUGGCAACUACUCCUUUGUCUGUGCGGAUGCCACUCUGACUCCAGGACCCAAGAGGCCGUACAAUUUCUUUGGUAUUCUCAACCAGACUCAGAUGGACUUGCUGGACACGUUCAGAGCUGAGAGUCUGAAAAGCAACCAGUCGAUCUGGUUUGGCCACUACACCACCUCAACUGUUGUAUCGCCUUCACCAGGAGUUCGGGAUGUGAUGAGAUCUGCAGUUGCGUAUCUGUGCGGCCACCUGCACACACUGGGCGGCCUGAUGCCCGUCCUCCACAGCCGACACCCACAAGGAACCCUGGAGCUGGAGCUGGGCGACUGGAUGGACAACCGCAGGUACAGGGUUCUGGCCUUUGACCAUGACCUGCUGAGUUUCUCUGACCUGAAGUUUGAGCAGUGGCCUGCAGUGCUCAUCACCAACCCCAAGGAUGCACAGUACCUGCAUCCCGGAGUGGAGCCGUUGGGUCGAAUACGGAGAUCGACACACAUCAGGAUUUUGGCCUUUUCAGAGGCCGCAAUCACAGCGGUGCAUGUGAGCAUAGAUGGGGAACCUCUGGGGAAUGGCCACUCUGCUGGAGGUCCUCUCUACGUUCUGCUGUGGGAUCCGUCUCUCUACCUCACUGGAUUGCACACCCUCAGAGUAAAAGUGGAGGAUUCAGCUGGCCGGUCGUCAGUGCGGGAGCAGCACUUUACUCUAGAGGAUGACCUGACUCCCAGCUUUGGUUUCGCGCAGUCUUUCAUCCUCCUCACAGACCACUACAUCCUGGGCCGGGUGGCCUUCAUAUUUAUAAUGCUGCUGAAUGUUGGUGUGCUGCUGGCAUUCAGGUUCUUGCAUGUUCCUUCUGGGAGAGGAUUGACCUCUCAAGCGUGUAUGUCGCUCCACCUGGUCAGUACAAUGGACACCUUCUACUACUCUCUGCUGCUGUUCAACCUGUGCACAGCCUUAGGUCCGUGGUUCGUAGGAGAGCUGAUAGAUGGCCACAGUGGUGCCUGUUUCGCCUUUGGGGUGUUCGUCGAUGGACACUUCCUGGAGGGCAGUCUCACUUAUGUUGUCGGAGUCGUUCAGCUGCUGUUCUUCAACAUGCCCCUCACCUCUUAUCUGUGCUGGAGCCUCCACCACCGUUGCCGCGGCAACACCUUCCGAUCCCACUUCCUGCGGCCGGGCUGCCGCUGGCGGACUCUGGCGGUUCACUUUUUCAUGCUGCUGCUGCUCACCUGGCAGACCCACUCCUGCUACUUUCUCCUGGAGACCUACGGCCUCGUGGCCUUUUUCCUGUCUCCGGUCCGCACGUGGGCGCUCGGCCUCAGUCUGCUAUUGGUCUACCGUGCCUGGACAGGCCCCGCCCCUCUCAUUCGUGACAACAACAAGAGCAUCUCUCCCUCUUGACAGUAGUUGCACUGUACCACCAUGAUUUCCCUUGAGCCUGACUCACAGAUAUAGUUUGCUGUCUGUCUACCCUGGUAGCCUCAAUUUUCCCCACGCAGCCCCCCACCCCCUUCUUUCUCUCCUCCCUCCAAAGCCACUUCACAGUACAUAACUCACUAUCCUGUUUCUAGAUAGUAUUGUUUACUUAAUAUGCAUGUUAUUGUAAAAAAAACAAACAAAAAAAAAAAAACGGUGAGCACAUUUCUGGCCAUAUUCAUAGCAAUGUGUACAAUGUAUUAAAAAACAAAAAGACAAAACACCUUGGAUACAUUAAGGGUUGAAUAGCCUAUUUGAGCUAUGUGAGGACGAGUCCAAUGUGUGCCGCAGAUAUCAGUAUACUGUAUAAGAGCUGUAUUCUUCUGUGGUUAAGCUGAGUCAUUUACUUGAGCUUUAGCACUUUUUGGAAGUGUUGCCUUGGCCAAAUGCCACUUCACCACUGCCAAAGGAUGAAUAAGAAAGAUUUCACCUUUUAUUCUUCCCUCUGAAAACCAUUUUCAUUCACUAACGACGGCUGGACGUGCCAAACCGAUCCUCAUGUUUACCUUACAACUUACAAAUCAUUUUGUAUACUGUAAGCUUUUCCUGACGUCCCGUGGCUGACGGAGCGUGUUAGUUACAGUAACUGUGGUGAAGAUGACACAGGUAAUUCAACCUAGACGAUCAUAUUUUUCAAGUUUAUUCUACACAUCAUUACAGGAAAUCAAAGGGAGGACAAAUCAGCCUCACACUGUAGUUGAGCUGUGUACAGGUAGUUAAUGAUUGAAGGGUUUUUUAAAUCAAAUUAAUUCUAUUGCGCACAACUGCCACUAAAACCUGUCAAUAUUCUCAUUGAAUAAUCAUCAAAAACCUCUAUGCCGGUUGAAAACACUAAAAACAAACCGGCCUGACUCUUCGUGCUCCUUCAAAUGUGACUACAGGAAGCAGCUGUUAGUUUCUCAGGAAUGUGAGCACUUGAACAAUAGGCUGGUCCCAGUAGUAUUUCAGGACAGUGUUUUUGUACUUCAUAGUAGCUCAGUGAACUAAAACCAUGUCAAGCAAUCAAGAUGUGUGGUGGCAAAAAAAACUAAAUCUAAAUGAAUGUGUUUAUAGAUGUGGUGAAAUGAGAUGAACCAGUAAUAUAUUGUUUUUAUUUAUUCAUUCUGAUUGUAUUGAGUGAUUUCUUCCCCCCCCCCCCUCUUCGUGUUAUAUAUCUACACUGAAAAUGUGUAUUUCUCUGCACCCUUAUGGUCAGUGAUGGUAGAAGAGCGUUUCCUACUUUUGGAGGUUAAUUUGUCCCACUUUGUGUGUGAAAAUGUGUUUUUCUGUAUUGCCCAGAAUGUGCAUUCCUUUUUUCUGUGAAAGGUGUGUGAGAGAACUCAACUGUGUAUGUUGCACUCAAAUUUGGUCCUUUCUAGUCAGUAGCAGCAGGUGCUGGAUUCCACAAGAAAGACAAAAAUAAGACAUAAAUAGGUUCACUCAUGGUCUUCAUGUGAAGACCACAUUUAUCAAGUCUUUUAAUAGAAGCAAUGUUCCAACAGAGUUAGAUCCUUUCAUUUUUCUCAAAUCAUGCCCUUCAUGAGUGCAGAAUAAUUCCUCAGUGCUGCGAUAAGACGCAGUUUAAUAUUAGAACAGCUGCUAGACACUGGGAAAAUUUAAUUAUGUGCACUCUUACUGGCAAUGGUUUAUAACUUUUUUUGUCUCUGCAUAGACAUGUCUUGCUCAUUUUGUUCGGGAGCAUUAUAUUAUAUUUAGUAAUUCCAGCAUAAAGAUAGUGAUGGACUUUUGUUUUGGAGAGUUCUCCUCUAAUGACGCCGAGUACUUUUCACAAGCUAUGUAAUCUGUCCACACGGAGGCAGCAUUGAAUGGAUUUGGAGGGUAAUCAGAGACGAAUGCCGCAUUUCACUUCCACCUCCCAAAAUCCAGUUGCUCACUGAUUAUGUCAAACAAUGAAUCUGGUUGUGAUUGUUCUGUACUGUGCACUGACUUGACUGUUCACUAGAAAAACAUCGACUCUACCACCAUCACCAAGUAAUAUACUCUAAGUCAUGUACCGGUGUUCACUUGACUUAUUCUGCAUCACCCCCUAUGUUCGAACACUGACAUAUGAAUGAAUAGAUGAUUUUACACCUGCCACAUAUUUUUCUUGUGACAACUGAAAUUAGAGCCAACCACAAUUUUAUUUUGUUAAUGGUUUAUAGUGCUGUGAAAUAAAAAUGUUCAUUACAGUAAAUCAUA